CAACCGUAGACUCAGCGCCCAAUUCACACCGAAUUUCUGCUCCGAUUUUGCCACUCUUCUGUGGAUCGGUCUUUUCUUUUGUUUUCUACCCUUGCUAAUAUUUGCCCCAUCUUCCCUACCACUCAUUCAUUUUCCUCAACCCACAUAACAGAAGCCCCUCUCCCAAACCCCCUCACCAGAAACAAACCCAACCCUAAAUAACUCGAACUCUCCCAACUCAAUUCACCCUUAUUUCUCACCCCUUUUGAACCCUUCAAGCAAUCAUUACUGGUAAUUGUUGAUAUCAUCAGUAUUAUGGGUUGAUGAUGGAGUGGGACAGUAAUUCUGAUGCAAGUGGAGAUGAUGAAUUUGUGGAAUACGAGGAGGAGGAAGAUGAAGUAGAGGUUGGAUUUGGGUCGAAUGGUUUUUUGUUCAGCGGUGGUGGAAAUGGUGGUAGUGGCCCUUUGCCGUUUCCUGUGGACUCAUUGCUCCAGCCUGCCCCUUGUGGCUUUGUGGUUACUGAUGCUUUAGAGCCCGACCACCCCAUUAUUUAUGUCAAUUCUGUGUUCGAGAUGGUCACCGGUUACCGGGCCGAAGAGGUCCUCGGCCGCAACUGUCGUUUCUUGCAAUGCAGAGGCCCUUUCGCUAAGCGAAGGCAUCCGUUGGUGGAUUCUAGUGUUGUUGCUGAUAUUAGAAGAUGCCUUGAGGAAGGAGUUGAGUUUCAAGGGGAAUUGUUAAAUUUUAGGAAAGAUGGAUCUCCCUUGAUGAAUAGAUUGCGUAUGACACCAAUAUAUGGAGAUGAUGAGGCAAUAACACAUAUUAUUGGUAUACAGUUCUUUACAGAAGUAAAUCUUGAUCUGGGUCCACUUCCUGGAUCAGUAAGGGAGUCUGCAAGAUCAUGCGAUAAAUUCCGCUCUAGCCUUUCUACUUUUGGACCAGUUUCAGAUGGGAAAUACAAUAUAAAUCGAGGGCUGUGUGGGAUUUUUCAGUUGAGCGAUGAAGUUAUAUCUCUCAAAAUUCUUGCACGGUUAACUCCAAGAGAUAUUGCAUCUGUUGGCUCUGUCUGUAUGAGGUUUUAUGAGUUGACAAAGAAUGAAGAUCUUUGGCGAAGGGUCUGUCAAAAUGCAUGGGGCAGUGAAACAACUCGAUUGUUGGAGGCAGUACCUGGGGCUAAGCGACUUGGAUGGGGUAGAUUGGCAAGGGAACUUACCACUCUUGAAGCAGCAGCCUGGAGGAAACUAACUGUUAAAGGUGCAGUUGAACCUUCUCGUUGUAACUUCAGUGCAUGUGCAGUUGGGAACCGUGUGGUUCUUUUUGGUGGAGAAGGGGUUAACAUGCAACCUAUGAACGAUACUUUUGUCUUGGAUUUGAAUUCAAGCAGCCCCGAGUGGCAACAUGUGAAAGUAAGCUCUCCGCCUCCUGGACGCUGGGGUCACACGCUUUCUUGUGUGAAUGGAUCUCAUCUAGUUCUUUUUGGGGGUUGUGGGACUCAGGGUUUGCUUAAUGAUGUAUUUGUGUUGGAUUUGGACGCCAAGCAUCUGACAUGGCGUGAGAUAUCCAGUUUAGCUCCUCCCCUGCCAAGGUCUUGGCAUAGCUCCUGCACUCUUGAUGGGACCAAGUUGAUAGUGUCUGGUGGUUGUGCAGAUUCUGGAGUACUCCUGAGUGACACUUUUCUCCUUGAUCUCUCAAUGGAGAAGCCUAUCUGGCGAGAGAUACCAGUCACAUGGACUCCACCAUCUCGUUUGGGCCAUACUCUCUCUGUUUAUGGUGGGAGGAAAAUUUUGAUGUUUGGGGGUCUUGCCAAAAGUGGUCCUUUGCGUUUUAGAUCAAGUGAUGUGUUCACCAUGGAUUUGAGUGAGGACGAACCAUGUUGGAGAUGUGUAACAGGCAGUGGGAUGCCUGGUGCUGGAAAUCCUGGUGGAAUUGCUCCGCCUCCAAGACUUGAUCACGUUGCAGUGAGCCUCCCUGGGGGCAGAAUCUUGGUCUUUGGGGGUUCAGUUGCUGGUCUUCACUCAGCUUCCCAGCUCUAUAUUCUUGACCCUACAGAGGAAAAGCCUACAUGGAGGAUUCUGAAUGUACCUGGUAGACCACCUAGAUUUGCAUGGGGACAUAGUACCUGUGUUGUUGGAGGCACUAGGGCCAUAGUCCUUGGGGGUCAAACUGGGGAGGAGUGGAUGCUCGGUGAGCUUCAUGAGCUAUCAUUGGCGAGCAACAUUAACUGAUUUGGGAAAUAACGAGUGAAUAACUCAGCAGCUAUCAAACCGGAAUAUAGAAGGAGCUUUCCUAUCUCAAGAAGCAUGAUUCUUUGAGCAUCCACUUUGUAGAGGUUACUUUUCCCUUGUAGAAACACAGGCAUCUAUUGCUGUGGUACGUGAACUCUUCUGCUGUGCCCGUCUUUUGUGCAGUUUCGGUAUAUCACAAGGGAUAUUCAAAUCUGCUUGACCUGCGUUUAAUUUUGUGAGAUUUGUUUUGGUUGUUCUUCUGAAAUCAUUUCAGGUCAUCACCCUUUCUAGGCUAGAUAGAGCAAUAGGGUACUAUAUGUAGGCUUAGAGUAUCUUGUAUGCCCAUGUGUUGUUGUGAUUCAGGUUCUGUAAGUUGAAACCCAGGAAAGGAGCAUUUGAAAAAUGAUGAAAAGUGUAAACCGAAGUAUGGGGUUUGUCUAUGACAUUUGCUACACUGGGAUUUUUGCCCCUACCAUGUUUUAUAUAGCACAUUCAUGUCAUAACACCCUGAUGUAUUGGCUGUUGUGCCCAUGAACCGUUUCAUCUUUA